AUGGCUUCUAAUAUUUCGACAACUACUACAUCAUCAUCUACCAAUCAACAACAACUACAACAACAACAAUUACCACCGACCAUAAUGACUACACCUGCGCCAACACAAACCAAUACUACUGCUUCUUCUACUUCACAACAACAGCCACAACAACCAGUUGAAAAUCUAAUUCUGUUGGUUCAUGGUAUUGGUAAACAUGAGGAGAAAUGGCAAGAUAAAAUUACGAAAAUCAAUGUAAUGUUUCAGAAUGUAUGUAAUUCCGCUGGACUCACCACAAGAAACACAAAGUUUGUAGGUGUAGAAUGGCAUUCGGCACUUCACUCAAAGACCGACACACUCAUUGGCAAAGUGACACCUCCUUCCAUCCCAGUUGUUCAUUCACUCGUUAAUCAUACAAUUCUCGAUAUUCUAUUUUGGGCAUCACCAACUUACAGUCAAACUAUAUAUUCAGAAGUAGGUGAACAAUUAAAUGAAAAGUAUAGAGAAUUCAUUAAAGCCAAUCCAAACUUUAAAGGAAAAGUACAUAUUCUUGCACAUUCACUUGGAAGUGUGAUAGCAUUCGAUAUUCUAUGUCAUCAGAAGCGUAAUAGCGAAUCACUCGAUAUCAUCGACAAUAUCAAUAGGCUGGGAAAUGUGUUGUACUGGAGAAAGACGAAGCAACCAAACGGUGCAAAUCAAUCGACAGAGGAACUCGACGAUGCCAGUAGUGAUAUUUCAUCGCCUGGAGAUUCACUACUGCCACAUCUUACAUUCCCACAGUUGGAUUUCGACGUUCACAAUCUAUUUAGCAUUGGUUCGCCACUCGGUGUCCUCUAUACAAUUCGUGGACACACCCAACUCUCCAUUCCAAAAUGUAUAAAUUUCUUUAAUAUUAUCGAUCAAUCCGAUCCUGUUGCAUAUUUAGUUGAACCAUUGAUUGAUGAUGGAUUUUGUAAACUUCCACCGGUGGUAUUACCACAUUUGAUUGCAAAGAAAUCAACCAUUUCAAUUCCAACUAAUUUACAAUCAAAGUUCUCAAGUUUCAAAGUGAAAGCGUUGAAUAUCAUUGGAAAGACACCACCAGCAUCACCAUCACCUGCAACAUCACCUUCAUUCGGUGCAACCGUUCCCUCUAUCAAUUCAACUGCACCACUUCCAAUGUUGGAAGAUUCAUUUGUACCCGAUAGUCCUGCAAGAAAAUCAAGUAGUGGAUCAUCUACUACAACUACAACCACCACUGCCAAUACUACUACAACAACAACUGCAUCUACCAAAUCAAAUAAUAAUAGUCCAACAAAUACAACAGAAGAUACCUCUGAUGAUGAUCCAGAUGUACAGAUAUUCUAUGAAUUGGAGGACAGCAACAAAGUAGUUAUAAAUGUAGCGAUGCCAACCUCUACAACUAGUUCGACUUCUACUUCAACAACACCACCAAUAACAACAACAACUACUACAACCACAGAAGAACAACCAAAUACAAAUAGUCAAUCAAACAAUCUAUUCUUUGGAGGAAAUAGAUAUGAUUACAAAAUCAAACCAGGUCUCUUUAAUAUUUCAGAGUAUCAAGAUGUUCCAUUUGCACACAAGGGUUACUGGAGUAACAAAGAUGUAAUUUUCUUUAUCGCUCAACGUUUAGAGCAAUUCAAAUAG